AUGACGGUUGCCACCAUUGGAAUGCUCUCGUCUUCAUCACUCCACUCCGUCACCAGAUUUCUCAAUAACCAUUCUUCAAUUUCGUAUCUCUGUUGCUCUUCCUUCCGUUCCAAUUUUCAUUCCCGUUCCUCAUUUUCCCUCAACCGUAGCACAGAUUCUAUCGACAGAAUCAACAAAAAUUGUGUAAAUCCGAUCCGCACUGUUUCAGCGGCGACAAAAAUGGCCUCUCCAUUCAAGGCCGAGGAAGCUAGAAUCCCUCCUGCUAUUCCUUUGCCCACCCCUCCAAUUUCCAAGUUCAAGAUUGCACUUUGCCAGUUGUCUGUGACUUCGGACAAGGACAGAAACAUUGCUCAUGCUGGGGAAGCAAUUGAGGAGGCUGCAAGAAAGGGUGCUCAGCUUAUUCUUCUACCUGAAAUAUGGAAUAGCCCAUAUUCAAAUGAUAGUUUCCCAGUAUAUGCGGAGCAAAUUGAUGCUGAUAAAUCUCCUUCAACUGCAAUGCUGUCUGAACUUUCCCGGAGACUAAAGAUCACAAUAAUUGGUGGAUCCAUACCAGAACGUAGUGGUGAUAGGUUGUAUAACACCUGCUGCGUCUUUGGUACAGAUGGAAAACUUAAGGCUAAGCACAGGAAGAUUCAUCUCUUUGACAUUGAUAUACCGGGCCAAAUGACGUUUAAAGAAUCAAAAACUCUUACAGCAGGGGAGACCCCUACCAUUGUGGAUACAGAUGUUGGGCGUAUUGGCAUAGGUAUAUGCUAUGAUAUUCAAUUCCAAGAAUUAGCAACAAUAUAUGCAGCUAGAGGUGCCCACUUGCUUUGUUACCCUGGGGCUUUUAACAUGACUACUGCAGAUUGUCAGCUGUAUGUAGCGACUUGCUCGCCUGCCAGAGAUUCUAAUUCUAGUUAUGUGGCUUGGGGACAUUCUACUCUUGUUGGACCAUUUGGAGAAGUAAUUGCAACGACAGAGCAUGAUGAGGCAAUAGUUAUUUCAGAGAUAGAUUAUUCACUGAUUGAACAGAGAAGAACAUUCCUUCCUUUCCAGAGGCAACGCCGAGGGGAUCUUUACCAGUUGGUUGAUGUUCAGAGGCUGAAUUCCUCAAGGACCAGUUAA